AUGGUCAGGGUGAUCACUUUCCUGAAGGUUGCCGCCUUCGCGGGACUUGCUUCCGGCUCGGCGUGUUCAGGUCAGACGUUGGGUAACUUGCCUCACCCAAUCGCCGUAAACGCUACCAUCACCCCAUUCACUGUCAACAUCACCGAUGAUGCCAUUGAAAACUUGAAGGCUCACUUGCGACUCUAUCGCCCACCUCGUGACACUUACGAAAGUGUCAACGCUGGCUGGGAAUUUGGUGUCCCCAAGGAAUGGCUCGUUAAUGCUACGGAUCAAUGGCUGAACAACUACGACUGGCGAGCUGAGGAAGCAGUACUCAACUCCAUUCCCCAGUACAAGGUUGGUCUUACGGAUGACGACGGCGAGGCCUACUCGAUUCACUUUGCCGGCCUCUUUUCCAACAAGAAAGAUGCUAUUCCCCUUGUUAUGAGCCAUGGCUUCCCAGACUCAUACCAACUGUUCAUGCCAUUCUUGCAAAUGAUCCAGGCAAAGUAUGCAGACACACCAGACGAUAUGCCAUACCACAUCAUCGUACCGUCUCUUGUCGGCACGGGAUUCUCCUCGCCGCCACCAUUGACCAAGCCCUUCUACACCACUGACAUGGCGCGCAUCAUGAACAAGUUCAUGGUGGCGCUGGGGUUCGGCGAGUCGGGCUACAUCGCCCAUGGCACUGACGUGAGCUCCAUGAUCGUGGAGUACAUGCUUGAGGCAUAUGACGAGGUGAAAGCUGCUCACGCAACCCUGUGGUGGGGUCACCCUGAUUACGAUUCUACCACGCAACUUCCCGCGAAUGAGAUGGAAGUGAAUGCCCUGAAGCGUUUGGCAUCCACGACCUCCUGGGGCGUUGGAAACGUCGCUGUUCACAGGGACAGAUCCAGCACGAUCGGACAUACCAUUGGAAACAGUCCAAUCUCGAUCCUCACAUGGGUCGGAGAGAGAUACGUCCUCUGGGCAGACCCCAGCGCGCCAAUCUCCAUGACGAACCUGCUGACGGACGUCUCCCUGUACUGGUUCACCGAGACAUACCCGACGUCGUACUGGUGCUACGCCCAGUUCAGGUCGAGCCUGAACGACUCCAUCCCGACUGCCCCUAAUUACACGGGCAAGCGACUUGCCUACUCGUGGUUCGCCAACGACGUGUCCUCCCCGCCCAGCGCCUACUUCAAGAAUCACAGCGACAUCUAUACCGACUUCUACCAGCAUGACAAGGGUGGCCAUUUCGUUCCCAUGGAACAGCCCGAGGCACUCUGGGCGGACCUUACUGACUUCAUUCCCAAAGUUUGGGCUCAGUAA